GUCAUGGCCGGUAAUACGCGUGCAAAAAUUGGACACGCGACAUGACAUGGGUGACAUAAUUGUGUGAGACAAUACCUGUCAAACUCACCUGCUUUAUAUGAGCUGAGUAGUGCAAAAUUAUAUUCGAGUUAUUCAACGCAAACUUCGAAUUUUUAACCCUGAAUAAUUGUUAGGUAAGUAGGCUAUUCGUAAAGUAUGACGGAGUCAACGGCGACUGCUCAGACAAGGAGUCCGGGGACGUUGACAGGAACGGCCACAGAGCCUGGCACGCAGGCGACGCAGGAUUCCAAGAAACCAACCAAGGAGAAAGAGAUCCUGGUGAUACAAGACCAGGGCUUCUUCCAACAUGAUACUGGGGAUACAUACAACGGAUAUUUUGAGGCGAAGAAGAAAGAUCGCACUGUUAAAAUGCAAGGUCCAGGUGUAUACACAACAGCUGAAGGAGAUAGCUACACAGGAAGCUGGGAAGCGGAUAAAUUCGGCGGAGUUGACGAGGUCGUCAUAUCGUUCGCGGACGGAUCAAAAUAUGAAGGAAUCAUUAAAGAUUGGUGUUACACCGGCAAUAGUACGUACACCUAUCCUGAUGGGAGCGUGUUGCAAGGAGAGUUCAUUGAAAAUUGCCCAGUGGGUCAACUGUCAUUGACUGAUCCUAAUGGUCAUACCUGGUUAGGUAACGCAGACCAGGGUUUUGCAUGGUUUGAGCCGGUUAAUCACUACUACGAGUUUCUGGAGACCACUCGCGAUAUGAGCAAGAUAAAGAAACGCCAUAGGAAUCUCCAAGAACCCUCGUCGACGUCCAAAGGUAUGGUGGAAACGAUCCAGUGAAGGUGUAGGUUUAUGCAGAUACAACUGAAAUUAAGAAGCGAUUGUGAAUUGUAUGCUUGAAAUACACUCAAAUAUUCCAUC